AUGGAUGUAGUUAGGUGCGGAUGCGUCGUGGUCGAUGUCAGAGCAGGGACUGAGAGAAACACGAAAGCCGGAUGGGUGACCGCAACAGCACUCGACGUUGUGGCUUGGGAAGCGAAAAGUGAAGGUAUGAGUUGCGAGCUCGUCGUCGUCGUUGAUGAUGUCGACUUGGCGUGGACGAGAAGCAAGGUGCCUCCAUCCAAAGAGCAAGCAUUCGAAGUCAACUGUGGCCAUGAAUCCAUCCGGCCUGCAUACGCAACUUGCGUCUCCGCUCACACUCUGUCCCUGGCUUUGGUGUGUAACUCUAGCGGAUAUGAACCAACUCAACUCCCGCUCCAAAAGGCGCCUAAGCCCAAAUUUAAGACACAAGCGAAGCAAUCAUCAUCCAUCCGUCCAGGUGUCAUUCGGCCGGUGGGUCAUAGACCUCCUCAGACAGCAGCCAAGUGUCAUAAUUAUUUCUCCAAAAGGUCGAGUUGCUCUUGCUCGUGA